AUGAGAAAACGUUUGUCCUCCUUCUCCUACUCCUCGGCUCCACCACCUUCUCCGAUCCCCACGGGGAAAGGGUCACGUUCAGCUGUCGAUUCAAUAUUGGGAGAGUACAUUCAUCAAUCUGUAAACGUUCCUCGCUUGACUCUCCCACAUCGUUGGGCGCCCGAUGAAAUCCAUUAUAAGUCACUUUUGCAAAGGGAAAAUGACGCGAUGAAUAGGUUGUUGAGCUCAGCUGCUGAAUUCGGAGUGGUUCGGAUUAUUGGUCAUGGGAUAUCGGGUGAGGAGUUAAGAACUAUGCUGAUUAAGAAUGAAUGGUUGUUUAGAUUAAGUGAAAAGUAUGCUAAUUAUGACAAGUUCCUUUGGGAUUGGUCUGAUAAUGCAAUGGUGCAAAAGGCCAAGGUUGCCAUAGGGGAUGGAAACUUUCUACUUUUCAGGGUACUGUUGACCACCCGUAAACAAAAUUGGCUGAGGGGUGCUUUGGUUCUGAAGCUGGAAGAUGCUGCUGGCAAGAAGGGCCAUAACAAAAAGAGGAAUGCCGCCAACAAGAGCCAAGAGGUAGAGGUGCCAUCAAAGGUUGUGCCAAAUGAAGGGCUUACAUCCCAAGAACCAUCUACCACUGAGGAGAGUGAGGAUGACGUGGAGGUCCUGUCCGAGGAUGUCUCGCUCGGUAAAGAAUGGGUUAUGAAAGUUAAUGUGGGGAUGGACUCCAUCGACAUAUUUGGCCAACGUUUGGGCAAGGUGGAGGGCACUUUUAGCGUUCUUGAGGGGCAUAUUCUUGAAGAGAUUGAAAGCAUCUGA